AUGGCCUUCUCAGCGGAACCAGUUCGAAACCUGGGCGGCCGCGGGUGUUGGUUCGAGAUCCGUGUGGAUGUCUUUGCCGGAGGGGAGAUGUGUUUGAUGGGCUUGGGCUUCACUGCGACCGACCCAGAAACCCUCGUGAACGAAAGCGAGGCCGAGGAAGCACCCGCUUUACCUGGCUGUGCAGGGCACAUUCCCAACUCUUUUGUCGUGGGCUACGGCCGGUCACUGUAUUGGAAUGGCGAGCGCAUUGAGAUUGAGCCGAUCUUCGCGAAGCUGAAGCCGGCUCAGACCUUCACUGUGGGAGCCUUAGCGAACCUCGAUGGCGGCCUGGAGCUUUACAUUAACCGGCGGCUGGUCUACACUUUCUCGCCUGAGGCGAACGUGAAGCGGCCGAUCGAAGUGGAUGCACCCCUGUGGGCAGUCGUAGACUGCAGUGGUGGUCUGAAGAAGGCCUCGCUGAUCCCGGACUCCAUCCUCCCGACUCCCGAGGAGGCGGCUCUCGGCGAGGAGGAGAAGGCGCUUGGAGCCGGCACAGCAGCGGAGGACGGGGAGCCUAACCCAGAUGAGACCGGGGACGCCGCGUGA